CCAGAGAGUAUAAAGAUCGGCCAAUACAGCAAAGCUCCUUCUUUUGCAAGCUCCACAGAGAGCAGCUUGCACCUCAACAUGUCUAGGCAAGAACAAAUCUACAGCAAGUGCUAUAAUCUAUAGCAAGUGGUAUAUACAUUAAUGUUAACACACCUUGGUUCCAUUCCAUGCAACAGAGAUGCAAUGGCAUUACCUUUCCCCUGAGUGACUGCACUAUCUGCAGCAAAAGUUAAUCAAAAGUGAUUGGGGCAGCGUCUUUCAUCUAAAUAGAAAUGUAUCGCUCUGCGUCUAGAAGGAGCAAGACAUUUGACAAUAAUAAAUGGAAGUGCCACCUUUGAAGACACAGCAAAAUUACUAGAGCAACACAUCGCCAAUGGAAGACAAGAGCAGGGUUCUUCAAUUCCUGGAGAACUAAUCAUGAAAUGUAUCAGCUGAACCUGAAUUUAAAGGCAUUCGCACAUUUACUUUAAACAAGGCUCCUAUUCACAUUAAAACAAGAUUCUGUAACGCUGUACACGCGACAAAUCAAUUGGUAUCAGAUAUUAUAGAUGUGCAUCCGGGUGACUGUCUAAACCCGUUCAUUGAAUCGCGAAGGCUCUCAGUCGUUGCAUUUUUUUUUUAAAACCUUCUGUUUUAAUUAGUGAAAGUGCUGUUUAUUUACUUUUUAAAAUUAAUUUAUAAAAUGGUGAAGACCAAACCUGUACAACACAAGCCAGUCAAAUGUGUCUAUGUUAACCAUUUUGGGAAGCAUUCGUCUGGCGCUGUCAUUCAGUUUGAAGCUGGGACAAGGCCUAAAAAAUCUACCAGAAAGGUUGAUAAGGGUUUGGGGUCUCCUUCCCGCGUUAGCACUGAAAUCGGAGUUAAUGAGCAGGAUUGCAGCAGACAGGACGAGAGUAUGCCGGGUAAGAAAAACAACAAAUUAUCACAAAUAAAGAUAGGAAAGAAGAUAAAACAAACAAGGGAGUCGUUCACAAAACAGAAGGACAUACGCAUUUCACCAAAACGUAAAACAGCGCGAAAAUCACAAGACGCCGCCCCUAAACACGACGGGGCAAAACGAUUUAAAACUAGCAUAAGCACACAAAAAAACAUCGACGUGACGCCAAACAACAUUACCAUCGGGCAAAGACGAAUGACGACACACAAAAAACAAGACAAUGGAAGAAAGCAGAAUGGAGAAGGAAGAUCUGAUAGUGAUGACCACAGCGAGAUGGAUCGAGGUGUUUUUACAUUUUCCCUCCCUGGAGCGGUCACACCAGUAAAUAUGUCUGCAGUGAAACAGGGAGUUCUCAAGGUAAUUUCCAAAAUGGUUAAAGAAAAUGAAAUGCUUAGAAGAAGGUUUAUGACAAACAGCCAACAAAGCCAAACAGGUAAGUGUUUACCUUAAUUGAUACAGUGCGUUCCACAAGUUGCUGACCUGACAAAUUCUAUUCAAAAUGCCACUCUUGCACUGACAUGUUAUGGCUGGCACUUUCUGUUGCUAGAACAUUUGCAAAUAAUUUGAUGGCAUCAAGCUUUUUAAAGUGGUUGUUGCCAACAAAAUAACUAUAAAUCUUACCGGCUGUGCACUCUGAAAUGUGCAGUUUUGUGAGAAGCACAUGUUAUAACUUUCUUUGUUCAAAGAAAGCUGUGUUUGCCAGUAAUACUGUCUUGCACUUCCUUGUUUGUUUCACCUGGAAGGUUAAAUUCCCAUCCCUUCAUUGCCCUUGUCAUUAUUAUUAUUAUUAUUAUUAUUAUUAUUAUUAUUAUUAUUAUUAUUAUUAUUAUUAUUAUUUAUUUCUUAGCAGACGCCCUUAUCCAGGGCGACUUACAAUUGUUACAAGAUGUCACAUUGUUUUUACAAUGUGAUGCUUCCACCAAUGACUGAGGUGAUAUGCAACCUGUAACAUGCUUUUUGACCCCCGAAGACAAUGACAUAUUGAUUUAUUUUAGAUUUGUUUUAACUACUUACUGCUUCUAUUGUCAAGUAUAUUUUUUUGUGCUUAUUUUUGUAUACUUUAUGUUGGUAUGAAAGAUUUAUCACGCUUACAGUAAGUAACAACAUGUUUUAAAGCCUUUGUUAAUACUGCUUUUGUUUCCCCAUAUGUCAUGACUAGCAGGAGUGGCAAGAAUAAUAAUAAUCAAUCAAGCAAUAUUUAUUUUAUACAGCGCUUUCCAUAGUGGACCACCAUCACAAAGCGCUUUACAAGAUAGUGAGGAACAAUGCAUGAUACAUUAAAUACAGUGAAAUACAGGGCAUUAAAUACAAACAGUAAAAAAACAAUGCAAUAUACAUUAAAUACAGGCAUAAUACAUUGAAUACAUGGCUAGGAUGUGAAUUCUAAACAUUGUGGAUGCGUGUGUCAUACAGAAUCAUACGAAUAAGAUGGAGUGAAAAACCUGAAAUAGCAAUUUAGACAACAGCCAGUCAGCUGGUUAAAAAAACAGAACAAACUAUGCAAGCAUUUAUUAACUCCUUUGUAAUUCCAACAAUGUUGUUUUUGUUUUCCUAGGAUGAAUCUCUAUUUGGAUGGGUGUAAACCGAAACAGGAGAGCUGACCUAUAUAU